AUGCAAUGCCCUGAUGACCAGAGAUCUCCUCUGCUGCAAUUGCAACAUCAUCUUUACUAUGCCCCUCAUUUUACUUUCUCUUCCAAAUUUGAGCUUUGGGAUCCCUACACUCAUUGCUGCUCUUGGAAAGGAGUCUCUUGUGAUGCUCUUGGUUAUGUCGUUGGCGUUGAUCUUAGUAAUAGAAACCUUUCCGGCAGUUUUCACUCCAUUUUCCGUCUCCGUCAUCUUCAACGCUUGAAUCUUUCUGGAAACUACUUUAAUACCACUUUGCUUUCUUAUGGGUUUCACAAACUCCAAAAUCUAACCCAUCUCAAUCUUUCAAGCUCAUGUUUCCAUGGCCAAAUUCCAGUGGAUAUCUCAUACUUAACGAGGUUAGUCUCUCUUGAUCUAUCUAAUCAAGAUUCUUGUUAUUCGCGAUACUACAUCAUUCUUGACCCAUAUAGAGGCGUCCGCAACUACUAUGAUCCAUUGCCUUACGAACUUCAACAGCCUCUUAAAUUAGAGAAACCAAACUUCAAGACAUUAAUCAAGAAUUUGAGGUUUCUCACAGAGCUUUAUUUGGAUGGGGUAAACAUUUCAACUCAAAGUGCUAAAUGGUGUGAAACCACAUCUCUUGUACUUUCCAACCUGCGUGUGUUGAGUCUGUCACACUGUGUUUUGAAAGGUCCAUUAUGUUCUUCACUCUCAAGACUCUCUUUUCUUUCCAACCUUAUCCUUGAUUGGAACCCAAUCUCUUAUUUACCUCCCAAUUUCUUGGAAAUUUCGUCUCAUUUGGUUUCUCUCAGUUUAAUGGGUUGCAAUUUGAGUGGCCAUUUUCCAACUGAAAUUCUCUUAUCGCCAAAAAUUCAAAGCAUUGACAUUUCAGCUAAUUACCAACUUAUGGGUCAGUUGCCAGAAUUUCCAGCAAACAAUGCUUUACAGAUUUUGUCACUUUUUUAUACAAAUUUCAGUGGAAAACUACCUGAGUCGAUUGGUAAUCUUAAGUUCCUGACAAACUUAGAGCUUUCUUAUUGUAAUUUUGCUGGACCCAUUCCAUCGUCAAUUGCAAAUCUUAGUCAACUGGUGAACUUGGAUCUAAGAUUAAAUGUUAUGGUUUCAUUAACGGUCACAUCUUUGUUUAUAUUUCUGUUAAGACUGUUAAAAUAAUACUUAGUUAAACGCUGCGUUUCAUUUAAGUGGCUUAGUGAUACGGUGAGUUUUACUUAGUCAAAACGGAUGCGUUUUGUCUAUUGCAGUAUAGCGGUUAUGGUUGUCCAUAUAUGAUUUGUGACCGAAAAGGAAAGGCAGGCAAUUUUGAAUCCUGUUUUCAGUCUCUAUUUCUUCCUACUGUUUUUUUUCUCUCUGAAUUUUCUCUCUUAUUCUCAUUUCAAUCCCGAUCUCAAUUUAUUCUUCAACAUUAAACAAGCUUUCUGGAUCAAUACAUUCUUCUUUAUUUACUCUUCCAUCGUUGAAGAUCUUGAAUCUUGGAGACAAUCAAUUGGUUGGGAAAAUUGAUGAGUUCCCCAAUGCAUCUUCUUCUUUGAUUGAAGUACUAUAUAUAGGCAAUAAUUAUUUAACAGGACCAAUCCCAAAGUCAAUCCUUCAACUUCCAAGGCUUGAAUGGCUUUAUAUCAAAAGCAAUAGCUUCAGUUCCAUGAAGCUUGACAUGUUUGUCCAACUUAAGAACUUAAAGCGUCUCUACUUAUCCAACGUAAGCUUGUUAAUUGAAAGCGACAACAGAAGUCUUACUUUUCCCCAAUUAGAGAGCCUAGGGCUAAGGUCAUGCAACCUUACUGAAUUUCCAGAAUUCAUUAAAAGGCAAGACAAGUUGGUUGACUUAGAUCUUUCUAACAAUCAUAUCCAUGGUGUUGUGCCUAAUUG